GGCGUGGAGACUGGAGAGUUGGAGACACCGCUUUAAAAACUCGCAGGUGGACAGUGGAAACAGCGCUUUAAAAAGCCGAAGACGCCAUAAAUAAAAAAAAGGGUUAUUGUCACUGACCACUGUCAUAAUAAAAGAUUUUACAUUUAUGUAUGCUGAGAAGUAUUUAGUAAAAAAGAUCAAAUCAAUUUGUUAACUACUUUUUAAAAAUCUGAAUCAACUGAAUAAUACUUUAGACAUCAUGUAUCAAAAAUCAACAUAUUUUAAUAGAUAAGUGGAACUUGUCGAAUAUUUGACAAUAUCAAAACAUACAUUUCCAUGAAUUGGAAAAAAAAUAUUUAAUACAUGUGCAAGAGUUGAACCCAUAACUUAUCAUUUUUACUUAUUAUAAAUUAUCUUUACUUUAAUGGUAUUGAAUAAACAUUACAAAAAAUAUAUAUUUGAGUCUAUCGUGUUGGUAAUUUGACAUAAUAAUCACAACUUAAAUAUGGCUUUGCAUAGUGUACCUCCAAAACGCAAAGAAAUAUAUAAAUAUGAGGCACCCUGGCCUUUAUAUAGUAUGAAUUGGUCAGUAAGACCUGAUAAAAGGUUUCGUCUAGCUCUUGGCAGCUUUGUUGAAGAAUAUAACAACAAAGUGCAAAUUGUUUCUCUGGAUGAAGAGACUUCAGAGUUCAGUGCCAAAAGCACAUUUGAGCACCCUUAUCCAACCACUAAAAUUAUGUGGAUUCCAGAUAGUAAAGGUCUUUUUCCUGAUUUGCUAGCAACAUCAGGAGAUUAUUUGAGAGUUUGGCGAGCUGCUGAGCCGGAAACUCGUCUAGAAUGUGUCCUCAACAAUAACAAGAAUUCGGAUUUUUGUGCUCCAUUGACAUCUUUUGACUGGAAUGAGGUUGAUCCAAAUUUAAUUGGAACAUCAAGCAUUGAUACAACUUGUACAAUUUGGGGACUAGAAACUGGUCAAGUAUUAGGUCGUGUCAAUAUGGUUACAGGUCAUGUGAAAACACAGUUGAUUGCUCAUGAUAAAGAAGUUUAUGACAUUGCAUUUAGUCGAGCUGGUGGUGGACGAGAUAUGUUUGCUUCAGUUGGUGCCGAUGGAUCAGUUAGAAUGUUUGAUCUUCGUCAUUUGGAACAUUCCACAAUUAUUUAUGAAGAUCCUCAGCAUACGCCACUUUUAAGACUAGCUUGGAACAAACAGGAUCCAAAUUAUCUGGCAACUGUAGCUAUGGAUGCCUGUGAAGUUAUUAUUCUUGAUGUACGAGUUCCUUGCACACCAGUCGCUAGAUUGAAUAAUCACAGAGCAAGUGUCAAUGGAAUUGCCUGGGCACCUCAUUCGUCUUGUCAUAUUUGUACAGCUGGUGAUGAUCAUCAAGCACUGAUUUGGGACAUUCAACAAAUGCCGAGAGCUAUUGAAGACCCAAUACUUGCAUACACCGCUGCUGAGGGUGAAGUUAAUCAAAUACAAUGGGGAGCAACACAACCUGAUUGGAUUGCAAUUUGUUACAAUAAAGCGGCUGAAAUUUUGCGUGUUUAAAUUAAUUUUAAAAAAAGGUAAGAAAUGGUAUUUAAACUUAUAAAAUUAAAACAAACAAACAAUCAUGUAAUGAAGAUGAUAAAUUUUUUGUUUUUAUUAUUUUUUAGUUUUUGUCAUACUACAAAAUAUUUUUUUUUGUUUUUAAUUCUUGGUUGUAAAAUUAGAUUUUUAUGUUGUUAAAUAUGUAAACAUUUUUAAGGAUUAUAAAUCUUUUAAGAACUUAUCCAUACAUAUACUUGUGGUGAUACCUACAUGUGGUGAGUUCAUCUAUUUAUUAAUUUUUUUUAUAUCCAAGAUAGUUUUUUUAAUUUUACAUUCAUAUACAUGAAAUAUUUUCGGAAUAAUAAACGAUGACAUAUUAUUUGAAUCAGUAAAUUAUUUAUAAUAAUCAUUAUUUUGUCGCAAAUAUUAAAAGUAUCGAAUUGCAAAUGACAAAGUGAAAAAAAAAAAUUGUAAAUAUUGUUAAUAAUGAUUCGAUGGCUUGAUUGUGAAAUUUUCAUUUUUUUUUAAUUUCGAAUUUUGCAUGUAAAAAUAAUUGUAUUUGAGAUACUUCAAAAACAGGUAUUCCAAUGUCUUAUACGUUUGUCUAUUAAUAAUUAUUAUUAGUAAAAUGAAUAUCUAAAUUAAAUCUUUGAAUAUAAUGACGCAAUAAAUAAUCAUAAUUUUGCAUAAUAAUACCUUUCACAUAUUGAAUAAUUGCACACAUCAUUUAUUUCUUUUUUUAUUAUGAAUGAUAAUCAUUAUUUACAAAAAAUGAAUGUGAUAAUUCAUGUGUGAAAUACGUGAGGUGAUAAUUACUUUUUAAUAAAAACUAGUCUAUGUUUUUAUGGUCAAUUGGAAUUUUUUUUUUUUUAAUUUAAUUAUUAUCUACAAUACUGACAAAACCAUAUUUUGAUUUCGAUUUUUGAUCCAUUUUUAACUUAAUAUGAGAACAACAAAAAAAAAUAUUACAGCCCUGUUGAAGAUCCAUUAUCAGUUAUGUCAAUUGAAUGAAGUAUUGAUAAAAAAGAAGCUAUAGUUACUGUUUUUGCAGUAUAAAAUUUUUGAAGUUUAAAAAAAAAAAAAACGAAUAUUACACAUCAAACUUUUUCGAUUUAUUGGAACUAUAAUGCUGAAGUCGUCAGAUCUUUGACAGUUUUAAACAUUAAUAAUAGCUAUUUUUUUUUUUUACACCAUUAAUCACGGAACAUAAUGUUACCAAACAAAAAAAAAGCUCAUCAAAAUAAUUAUAAUGUACAUAAUUUACUAGAGAUGUAGUAUAAAUGUGAAACUGUGCAAGCCAUUGUCAAAAUAUUACCAAUGGCAAUAACCAUAUGGAGCUUUCGAAAUGCUUGAUGCAUUCUCAAAUAAUGGGGGCAAUCUUUGAGUGGUCCAGCAGAAAAACGACCAACUUCGUUGCCUAUUCCAGCAGCUCGUUCUAAUGCAAUUUUAUGACACAUCAAGUGCAUCAUAGGAGGAACAAGAUAAAGACGAACUAAUAAUUCAAUGAGAAAUGCUAAAAUCAUUGUUCCAAUUUGUACACUUGUUUCAGUAUCCCAAUUUCGAAUUGGAUAUUUGACAAAGGUUAAUAUUGUUAUUAAACUUAAAAUAGCAUUUAUCGUGAAGUAACGUGGAAAAAGAACUCGUUGAACUUCACCGAAUGCAUGUCGUGGCAAUGCAAAAUAGAGAGAAAGUCCUGUUAACAAAUUAAUCAUUGAAUAAAUUAAAAAAAAAAAAAACAAAAUAUCAAUACAAUACAAUAAAUAUUAAAUAGUCAUUACCUGAUACAAACGUCAUCCAGAUUUGGGAACCAAAAUGAAUGACGAAUGAUGAAAGAUAAAUAAAUGAUAAUAGUGAAGAUUGUUUAUGUUGUUUUUUUUCUGAUGUGGGUAACAUCAUUGACAUUGAAAUUAUUACUGCAAUAGCAAUUAUCACGUGAAUAGGCUGACUAGUUGAACUGAGAAUCCUAAAAAAAAAAAAAAUUUAACAUAUAAAAUUAAUCGAAUUAAUGGAUAAAAUUUUUUUCAAUACUGUUUAUAUUAUUACAUGAAUAAAAUAUAUUAUUAUUAUGUGCCAAAAAUAAUGUUUACUUUGGUGUCCGAUCAAAAACCAUUUUGAUGGUCUUACGAAAUUUCAAUGCUAUUUUUGCAAUUAACCAAAGCAAUAAUAGUUGAAUAAACAUAUAAAUAUUUUAAUUUUAAACAUCUUGUUUUGUAUCUCUUAUCAAUGCAUGAAACUGACGAAGAACAUACGUGAGAUAAAAUAAGUAUAUUUUUUUCCGAGUAAUUUUUAUUGAACUUUGUUUGCUUUUGUCAUGAUAAUAAAUUGUAAAAAGAUAAAAAAAUGAAUUUAAGUUUGUGAAAGACUUACUGACAAACAUUAGACGAAAUAACUAGAGCAUGCAUCAUCUCAUGUGUCUUUCCAAAUAAAAAAGACAGAUAGAGAUAUGAUAUGAUUUUAUUAUUCAGUCUUGAACAAAGAGAGAGGGAGAGAGAGAGAGAGAAAACGUAACUAUAAAUUUGAAAACUGAAAAUGACUAUUUUUUAUUAAUGAUUAUUUAUAUACAGAAUAUAUCUUAUAAUCAUUUUAAUUCAAUUUUUUCAACAAUUAAUUUGCCAAAAACAAACCAUGUGAUAGCAUUUGAACAUCUGAUCAAAGUACCUGACAUAUAUUUAGAUGCUAAUAUGUUGGUUAAUUAUUUCAAUUUAAAAACGUCAAAUAAUAAAAUUUAAUGUGUAUAAUAAUUAAAAGAAAAAAAAUUAAUCUGCAGAUGUGGGCAAUAUGUAUUCCCUACUGUGAUUGGCAAUUAAUCCCUUGCCGGUAUUGCUUGACUCGAAAAACCAUGUUAAACUGCAUAAACUGUAGAAAAUUUUUUAUUCAUACUUAUUGCGAUAUUUAAAAAACUAUCAUAAUGUGUUACUAAUAAAAUAUUGAUUAAAAAAAAAUGUAUCAUAAAAAGUGUACUAUGUAUAUACUUUAAUGAAAACAUUUUUAUAUAAUAAAAUAUCAUUAAAGUAUGAUUUUGGUUGACGACUGAAUCAGCUGCAUUAGACAGACUCGUUUGACCCAACAGGUCAUCUCAAUUCCUCUACCAAUGAGAACAGGAUGCACUAUGAAAAUGUGUUAAACUGGUCCUCGUGGCGUACGUGACAUUCUGGCUUUACCAGAUUAUACCUUGAUGAUUAAGUUAUUAUUAUUUUUUUUUUUCUUUCAUGAUAAAUGAAUAAUAAAAACGGAAAAAAAAAAAAAAAAAAAAAA